AAUAGCUCCCUCCCGACCCACCCCACCCGAGUUAUCACACUCGUUCAUUGUUACGGAUAGGUCAGAAAUGAAUGAGAAAUGGGAAUUUUGUGAAACAACAAUAAAUCCAUGGAAACUUUCCAAUUCCAUAAAAAGGAUUGCGACACAAGUUUGAUUGAUUGAAGAGGUCUGUUCCGGUCGUUCGUUCCUUCGGUCGGUUAUCAGUUUAACUGUUGGUACGUCGCCGAACGCGUGAGAGUGUUUCUCAGGUCUCCUUUCCUUCCCCUCGUUUGAACGUGCGUGUAUGCGUUUACAUCCAAAGGCAUUUAAUACAGAUUCAUUUUCCCGUCGGUUAAUCAACUUUUUAAACGCGGUGCACACAAAGUACAUACUUUCAUAUACAUAUCUAUGUAUGUAUGCUUGACACAUGUUGGAGAAUAUCCAAAGGGUGAAAAUAAACAAAUAAAUUGUAAUGAAAAAAUAUAAGCCAAAAUCAAUUAAAAUAAUUAAUAUCGCAUUUUUACAACUUGGCUGGGGCAAGGUGAUAGCAAAACAAGUAAACAAGUGAAAAGUGAAUAAUCGAAGCAUACAUAAGUGAAAGUGUUAUUUUUUUAUUGUUUCCAUCUGCAAUAAUAAUCCAGCCAAAGUCUACAUCCUUGACAUCUAAACGCUCAAUUAUUCGCUGUUAGCGUUAGUGCAUUAAAAGCUGCUCUUGCACUCAUAAACACAUAAUCAAACAGAUACGAAACACAAAUAAAUCACAGAAGCAAAACAACAAAGCGCGAAACAAAAAGAAACUUCACUGAACGGUGCACAACUGAAGGAAACGCAACACACAACCUUACUCACACUCGCACAGCACUCACGCUCAUUCACAGAGCCGAGACAGAAGUUUAUCCAACUUCCGGUAACGAGGUCGUAACUCACAGCACUGCAGCACGUGCUUAGUGAUAAUGACAUACAUUUCGUGUAAUUAAAUUUGCUCUGUUUAUAUCGCACUUCGUCGAAGCUGCUCACCGUUGUUUAUUCGCUGCCGCUGUUGCUAACCUCGACGCCGUCGUCAAUCGCAGUCGCAUCAUCGUUGUUCUCUUUGCAGCGACCGCAUCGUCGUGUACAUAACGUGAGUGUUGCUUGUGCCUGAGAUUGUGCGCUGCUAGGGGAUAUUAGCAAGACCACACACGCAAGCACAUCUCUCCAUCUCUGCUUUGGGCAUUUAAUAGGAGUUGAAGGAGCAUUACCGCUAGACAAAAGGGAUUAGAAUAAUAUUGGAUGGAUAACAAACCAACUGCAGCGUGUUCAAAAUAUGUGGGUUUGACAAAUACGGGCUAGUGAUGCACAUGAAGCUGAAAAGACAUACUCGAAAUAUGUGGAAAAACGAGAGGAGUAAUGCCCAACAGAAGAAUAAAUAUCCAGUAAAUCGACGCUAUGGAAUGACAACGACCGCCUCUUUCCGAACGGGAAAUCAAUCAUUUGCUGCGUUUUGCUAUCAUAUAAUGCCAGGAUAUUUCCUAUGCAUUGGCAUCAUACUAACCUUUGGAAUGACUGAUGCCUCCAAUUACUUUGACACCCAGGGACCGAACUUCUCACACGAACCACCAAGUCGCAUCGAGUUUACCAACACUGCGGGCAACAUUGCAGAUUGUAUAGCACACGGCAAUCCUCCACCAAAUGUAGAGUGGUUAGACAAGGAGAACAAUCCUAUCACAUCCAUCUCAAAGGUUCGACACAUCCUAGCCAACGGAUCUCUUUAUUUUCCGCCUUUCGAAGCGGACGAGUUCCGGCAAGACGUUCACUGGUCAAUAUACCGUUGUGUAGCUACAAAUGCUGUGGGUUCCAUAGUUUCCCGAGACGUUGUUGUGAAGGCUGUUGUGAAUCAGCGAUUUGAACCGGAAGUACAAAAUCCCGGAGGAUUCAUUGGAAGCAAUGUCCUAAUAAAGUGUAACAUUCCAUCUUUUGUGAAAGAAUAUGUCACUGUGACCUCCUGGCUGCAAGAGCCAAACUUUAAUAUCUAUCCCUCACUGGAGGGAGAUGGCAAGAAUCAUAUGCUUCCUACCGGAGAGCUGCUGGUCUACAACAUUACACGCACGGAUGCACUUAAAAUUUAUCGCUGCCGUACACAUCACAAAUUGACGCAAGAUUCGGUUGUAAGCAGCAAUGUUGGCAAAAUUCAAUUGACCGAAAUGCGGGAGCUGGUUCCUCCGAUAAUGAACGAAAAAGUUGUCAGCAUCACGGCUAGGAUGGGCGACCCGGUGGUGGUGCCAUGUGUAGCAUAUGCAAAUCCAAAGCCUGUAUAUCGCUGGCAUACGAAACGUCCGAACAACGAAGAGUCCAUACAGCACUUACUGGCCACCGGACGAGCGAAAAUUAAGGAUGGCACUCUGAUUAUAACCGCAUUGGAUAAGUCGGACAAUGGCGCUUUCUUUUGUACCGCCACCAACUCUGAGGGCAGUGAAACACUUGAGGUGCAAAUGUCUGUCACUUCACCCCUUACGGCGGCCAUUCAACCCACCGUUCAGACAGUAAAUUUGGGAAAGACAGCCGACUUGAUUUGCAGCAUAUCAGGUUUUCCGAAGCAGAGCAUAUCCUGGCUGAAGGAUGGCCAUCCCCUGCGAGCUGGUGCCCGUGUACGAUUGUUGUCCAAGGAGCAUAUGCGUAUUACCUCAAUAACUAAGGAAGACAAGGGCAUGUACCAAUGCAUGGUAAAGAACGAUUUGGAGUCUGUACAGGCCACAGCUGAAUUAAGAUUGGGAGAAGUGGCACCCCAACUUAUCUACAAAUUCAUUGAGCAGACCAUGCAGCCUGGACCUUCGGUCUCAUUGAAAUGCAGUGCAACUGGCAAUCCUACGCCGAAAAUAGUGUGGCAUUUGGACGGGUUUCCAUUGCCCAAUAAUGACCGACUUAUGAUUGGACAAUAUGUUACCAUGUUCGGUGACGUCAUUAGCCACGUUAAUAUUUCUGCAGUCAAAUCAGAGGACGGAGGUGACUAUGAAUGCAAAGCAAUUUCUCGUGCCGGUGAAGCAUCACAUACUGCUCGACUGAAUAUUUAUGGUAUGCCUUACAUACGUCCAAUGCCAAAGUUGUCUGCUGUUGCUGGCAAAUCAUUUUUCCUCAAAUGUCCUGUGGCAGGAUAUCCCAUUGAUAGCAUUAUCAUCGAGAAAGACGGCGUCAAACUACCCACCAACAUAUGACAGCGUGUCCAAAAUGGCACGUUGCUCAUCGAGAAUGUCCAACGUACAGCCGACCAAGGUACAUACACAUGCAUAGCCCGAAACAAGCACAACUACACGUCGCAACGUUCGGUCGAUGUUAAAGUCCUGGUUCCGCCGCGUAUAUCGCCAUUUAGCUUUGAGGACGAAAUUACCGAAGGAAUGCGUACCCAGCUCAUGUGCUCAAGCAGCCAAGGUGACCAGCCAUUCAAUAUCACCUGGCUAAAGGACGGUUCUUCAAUAAAAGGUGGCAUGAACGAUGACGCUGUUGAUGGCAAGCGUCAAAAUGACCACAAUCCUGGCGAUGGAAGUGCUCCCAAGGCUCCGGACCCUUCGUUGACCAUCAAUGAGUAUGCUCCGUUUUCGAGCAUUCUAUCGAUACAUAACGUGACGUCACGUCACAAUGGCAACUACACAUGUCGCGUGACAAAUCGCGCUGGAUCUGUUGAAUAUACCGCCCUGCUCUCCGUCUCUGUGCCACCACGUUGGAUCAUCAAGCCAACAGACCAGGAUGCCAUUCUGGGCAAUCCCGUAGUUUUGAGGUGCCAGGCGGAUGGGUUUCCGGUGCCCACACUGCAAUGGAAGCAGUCAAUAGGGGACUCGGGAGAAUAUCGGGAACUCAGUUACAGUAUAGCCAACGGCAAUGCAAAAGCAGUGGUGGAGACACACAGUAAUGGUUCAUUAAUUAUACCUAAGGUAGGAAGGGAACACGAGGGUAGCUACUUGUGCCAAGCUAACAAUGGCAUUGGGGCUGGCCUAAGUCAACUUAUAAAGGUGACCGUUCAUGUGGGUCCUACCGUGACUGUUGCCAAAAAGCAAGUGACAGUGCGUCGAGGAGAUCGUGUUACACUGCGAUGUGAGGCCGAUGGUGAUCAGCCCUUGGAUGUAUCGUGGCGUGCCAGAGCUAAUCGCAUCGAUCCCUCGUUCGAUGUACGUUAUCACGUAAAGGAUUCUGCUUUGAGCCGAGGCGUGGUCUCUGAACUUUCCAUCCUGCAAACGAUACUCAGUGACCGGGGGGAAUAUACCUGCAUAGCGAGUAACGCAUACGGACAUGAUCGCGCCGUGAUUCAUUUGCAGGUUCAAGAACCACCUAAUUUUCCGGUCAAUUUGCAUGUUACAGAUUUGGGAAGCCGUUCGGUAACUCUAGCCUGGUCGCCCAAUGACCAGGACACAGUGUUACUUGGUGGCAACAAUCGAGACUCGAAACCCAUAUCAAAUUACAUUUUGCAGUACAAGAAGGCUGGAGAUGUAUGGCAUGAGGGCAACAAUCAAAAACUUCUGUCGGGAGAAAAAACUACUGCUCAGAUAACCUCUUUGCGCCCGGCCCAAGCAUAUCACUUUCGAUUAUACGCAGAAAAUCAUUUGGGCACUAGUGCCCCAAGUGACAUUCUGCUGCUGCAAACCGAUGCUGAGGCCCCCAGUGGCAGACCGCAGGAUGUUUCAGCAGAACCCCUGGGCCCACAACAACUGCUUAUUACAUGGCGUCCACCUGAGCGUGAUACCUGGAAUGGUGAACUUUUGGGCUAUACCAUAGCCUAUCAAAAGCAUGGCUCGACAGACAAUUUUCAGAACUUUACCAAAGUCAGUAGUCUUGGAGGAGAAGGUCUCAAUGACUUUCGCUUAACAGGUUUGGAAAAAUACACACAAUAUGCAGUCACUGUUUCCGCAUUUAACGUAAAAGGCGAUGGUCCACCAAGUGAAGUGGCAUUGGGCCAUACACUGGAAGAUGCCCCCUCCGCGCCCCCACAGAGCGUGACGUGCAUAGCGUUAACUGCACAAAAUAUUCAAAUAUCGUGGCAAUCGCCAUCGAAAGAAAACCACCAUGGUGUUUUACAAGGCUAUAAAGUCCUCUAUGAACCAGGGAAUUUUGAUUCCGAAUAUGGCAGCAGGGAAACAAAAAUAACAUCGGCCCUUAGUACUGUUCUGCAUGGCUUGCAACCUUUCACAAACUACAGCGUUCAGGUACUGGCAUUCACCCGCGCUGGUGAGGGUGCUGUUAGCCCAACUGUGUCGUGUACCACUGAGGAGGCCGUCCCCGAUGCACCAGAAAGAGUCAAAUCUGUUGUGAACUCAGAGUCUUCGGUUAUUAUCAGUUGGCUGCCUCCUAGACGACCGAAUGGUAUAGUCACCAAAUACAAUGUCUACAUACGCAUCCUAGACAAGGGACAGGAGAUAAAGAUUCUGAAGGAAGUUCUCCCUGCACAGAACCACCACUUUGAGGCAAAAGAUCUUUCCACACGCGAGACGUAUGAGGCAUGGGUGACCGCAUCGACUAGAGUGGGCCAAGGACCCAGUACGCCGGUAAUCAAACUUAUACCCAGCGCUUCGGUACCAGCUGCUAUAAUUUCAUUUAGCCAGACACUUAGCGUCAGCUGGAGAGUAGAUAUGAAAUUGCCUUGUCUAUAUGUUGGAUCUCCAAAGCCCAAUACCGAGUGGAAGGUACUGAAUGCUCGUUCCAAAAAACACUUUCGCCUUGAAGUAAGCACCGAUAACACACUUACCUUGAGAAGUAUACAGCGAUCCCAUGAGGGGAAUUACUCAUGUGUGGUAAGAAACGCAAUAGGCUCUGAUCACAUUGUGUACCAAGUGUUCGUUCAAGUACCGCCAUCUGCUCCCAUGAUAACUGUCACUGCCACAACCACCAAUUCAGUGUCGUUGCAGUGGAAAGUAGAAGACAUUGGUGGUUCUCCCCUGCGAGGGUUCACAUUGACCUAUCGCAAAGAGUUCGGUGACUGGGAAGAGAUACAGCUUGAUCGGCGUGUCAGCUCCCAUCUUCUAGAAGCACUACAGUGUGGCACACGCUACCAAUUUACAUUGGUUACCUACAACAAAAUCGGCACUAGUGCCACCAGUUCAAUCGAAGUUGGCAAAACAAAAGGAAACAAGCCUAUUCCACCCAGUAAGCAUAGUCUUAUACGGCCAAAUACAACAUCAGCCCUUGUGGAAUUAUCCUCGUGGCAGGAUGGUGGAUGUCCGAUACAAUACUUUAGCAUUGAGUUUAAACGUUAUGGUAUUUCCAGCGACUGGAUUAUUGUGUCCAGCCGCAUUGAGACCCACACUCGCUAUACCAUUGGCGAUUUGGAAUCGGGAAGCAUCUAUAAUUUGCGUGUUACGGCCCACAAUAAUGCUGGUUCCAGCGUCCAGGAGUACACAUUUGAAACAUUGCGCUUUAGCGGGAUGGAUCGCGAUUUGGAUCAGAGCGAUUUGCCCCAGGUUAAUUCAAUGUUCAGAGAUGCCCAUUUAAUAGCGGUGAUUAUCACAUCUAUUUUCGGCACAAUAUUGGCUCUGAUCGGAGCCUGCAUAUGUUUGAAAAAUUAUCCUCGUCACAUAUUUUCCCGCAAUGUGGACACGCUGAGGCCCCCUGGUAAUGAGGGAAAGGAUCUACAACACCGUGAGCAAUAUUAUGGUACGAUGCGCAAAUCGUGUCAGCAAUCACCGGGAGAUUCGGUUGUUGCACUUGAGCGCAUACCUGAAUACUCUGAAGAUAUAUAUCCUUAUGCUACAUUCCAUUUACCAGAGCACGAGAACCAGUCGGCCAAUAUUCCACUCAACCGAAAGGGAAUGCAACCUACCAUGUACGAUCCGCGUAGCGGUGAUGACAGCACACUACCCAGCACGGGAAUGAAAGUGAAGCGAUCCGUAUCUGGCAGUGGUAAUAUAUCCAUGGGAGGUGGUGACUGCAGCCACACCAACACUGAGAAGCGUCAUAAACGCCGUUCAAAAACAAUUAAGUCUGAAUCGGAGGAGUACGAUAGCCUAAAUAGUGAUAGCGACUUGAGCGGCGAGCGUAUGAGAGACGAUAAUCGCAGCACACGAACUGAUGCAUCCAGCCAAAUAGAUAACUCUGCAUACAACGUUCAUGGACACAGUCCUCGUAGCAGUAGCAGUAAUAAAGAACGCCUGUCGGUAUUCAGCAGGCCUCAACUUCAUAGUAACAGCGUGGACGCGAUGCCGGUCGACUACAGGCUCUUUGACCCGCCACCAAAACAACGUAAGCAACAACAAGAGCAUGCAAGCAAUGGGAAAGCACCAUCCCCCAAACAUCAUCAGCGACAAUCUUCAGACGGGUGCACCAAAAAUCCAACCAACGAUACAAAUUUGCCCGGCAGUGUAUCCGGCAAAAUACGACCAAAAAUUACCGAUAAUAAUUCCGUCGGCGGGAACACCCUCGACAGCGAGUUCCAAUGCCCGUCUAACAGCAUGCUCUCCCCGCAUAUUGUCCAGUCGGGCUCCUACGUUGAAAUUCUAAAGCAGGCCACAAAUCACGCUCCUUCACAACUCUUGCCGUCGCAUGAUCGAAUACUGACCAACACCAAAGACUCCAUAAACUCCGCAGCCUCUUUGGCUUGCCACAAUAAGAGCUACGGCGAUUUUCUUACCAUAACGCCACGACGAAAGGGCAAACUGCUCUCCACAAGCGCCGACCACAAAAAGGUCACAGGGGAAGAGCAUGACAACUAUCGUCAUCAUCUUCCGCAUAGCAUAGAACCAUUACACCUGUUGGGCAUACCAAAUGACAAUAUGUCAACCUUUUUCGAUUAUCGAGCCAUGGAGACCCUAAGCAACGCCGAUACUCUAGCCAUAGGUUCUACCAUGGCCGGACAUCUUUACCCAUCCAAAGGCAGCAAGCAAUCCGUUCAGAGUACCGCCACAACAGAUCGCCAUAUAGCAGAUGAAUUCCAUCACAUUAUCAGCGAAAAAAACCUGAGUCCACCAUCAGCAUUUUGUGACAACAUAUCACCACUAAACAAAGCUUAAAUCAACGAAAAUCACGCAGCCAACACCUACAGAUCGACAGACCACAGCGAAAGCUCCACACAUAUCCUUCUUCUGGAGUGCAUUUACACAAAUCUUGAGACUACCAAACGGUGCAUAUCUUUAAGAAAUGUCUGAAUGGGGGGGACUGAUGAAAAUGGCCAGCGCCAUUCCCCAACAAUUUUAAACGCAAAUUUGAAACAAAACAAACUGAACUAGCCAUACAACAGGGCCAACUGAGAAAAAGCCCACUGCAUUUACCGCGUAGCGCAGACUUUACGUUCUAGCGCGUACUCGUGACAUUAUACAACAUACUUAUACAUAAACAGUUUAUCAUUCGCAGAAACCCUAGGCACAAAUAUAGUAUAAGUCUACUCACAUAGCCAUACUCAAAAACGAAUCUUAUACUAACAAAAGUCACAGACAUUGUUGUAUUAAUACUAUACUUAACAUUUAAGUUGGAAAUCAAAACAAACAAAUGUCGUCGCUGGUAUGCUAUUUUUGUCCACCCGCACAUUCCAUUGUUUUAAGUUUAGUGAAUAACUAUGAUAUCACUCAGAGCAAGUUGUUACUAAAAGCAGCUGAAAUGUUUGCCAUAACAACAAAUCUUUAAACAUUUUGUGGUUUUUUCAUUAAUUAAUCCCCUAAAACUUUGCAUAUUACAUCUUGCCUCGUAAUAUUUUAAUGUGUUUGGCGAUAUCAGAUAACAGCAAACAAAAUAUCUACUCAAAUGAUAUUAAUGUUUCUGGUGACUUUCAAAAGUUAAAACGUUUUUUUAAGAGCUAUAGGAAAGUUUUUCAAAAAAAAAAAAAAAAAAAAAAAAAAAAAAACAUAAAAUUCAGCAAAACAAAGUUGGAUACCAUCUCACGGUAGCGCUCACCAUUCACAGACACUUUACGAUUCGCAUCAUCUUUGAAGAGGUAUGGUUCAAUGAUGCCACCAGCCCUUGCAGUGCUUCCGGUUGAUCUUCACUCCAAAAUCGACAAUUCUGAAAAUUCCUUUGAGCCAAAAAUGAGUUUCGUCCUUGAACACAAGAAGCGCGUGAUGAACAUUCUUAACAAAGAACGCAUUUUGAUAAUAAAAUUCAAUAAUUUGCAAACAUGUUCUAUUGUAAGACGAUUCAUGGUUACAUUAUAGACCAAACCGAAGAUGUUGUACAGUGAAAAAAAAACACGAAACGUGCGUGAACUGUUUAAACCAGUGUUGCCAAAAAGAUAAUAGCUAAAAAUUACCCUUUAGGUGGACAAGCAGAUGUAAUAGGUUAGGUUAGGUAUGAGUGACAGUCCUUUUACAGACUAACUUAGACAAUUUUAAGUCCAUUGUGAUACCACAGUAGCAACAGAUCAAGUCUACCAACUCGGCUACCGGGGCGCCCCGGAUGUAAUAACUCCCCAGCAAAAAAAUUUAAUAAAAUUGGAAGCACCAACAUUUUUGUGUGCAUACUGUAAGCACUACCAUGCAGCGCAUUUGCUUCAGCGCUACUUUUGCUAACGCGUUCAAGAAAUGAUAUACCUGAAACCAGCGCAUUUUCGGUGCACUAGUGUAAGCGGAAGCUUCCUCCUCCACAUUAAAAGUUACACUCGUGUAGGGAAGCAUUGUUUUUGUGUUUUUUUGGCACGUUUUCUAACGAAUAUGGGGUUAAUUAGAAAAGAUUUUAAAACGAUUUAAGUUCUUGAAAGUUAAUAUAUAUUAUAAUUUAAAAAAUAGACCUUUCUAAUGAUUUGGCGUUUUGGGAGUUGAUACCUCACUGAUACUGCCAGAUCCAUUUUCAGUGAUCUUCUUUUGAUUCUUCCAAAGGCUGCAGUUACUGCUUUCGGUGACCGACUCAUGAUAUCGAUAUCGUCGGCAUAGGCGAGUAGCAUAUGUUCUCUUGUGAGUAGUGUGCCAUAUCUAUUCGCAUCUGCAUCUCGUAUAAUCUUCUCCAGCUGGAUAUUUUAUAGAUCACAUAAUAAGCAGUCUCCUUGUCUCAAACCUCGUUUGGUAUUGAAUGGUUCGGAAAGAUUCUUUCCUAUUCUUACUAAGGAACGUGUAUCAGUCUUAUUAAUUUUGCUGUGAUACCAAACUCAGGCAUGACUUGAAAUACCUUUGAACGUUUAGGGGUAUGUAAAGCGGCUUUGUAGCCAACAAAGAGAUGGUAGGUGUUGAUUUGUCCUUCUCGGGUUUUUUUCCGGGAUUUGGCGCAGUGUGAAUAUCUGGUCCAGGGUGGAUUUACCAGGUCUAAGGCCGCAUUGAUAGGGCCCAGUUAUCUCAUUGACUCUAGGUUUUAAUCUUUCACACAGUCCUCUCAAGAGUAUCUUGUAUGCGAUAGGGAGGAGACUUAUUCCUCUGUAGUUGCCAGUAUGUGGCUUGUCCGCUUUCUUGUAUACGGGACACAGUAUGCUGAUGUUCCCAUCGUCGUGUACGCGUUCUUCUAACCAAAUUGCGCUGAUGAGCUCAUGCUCAUGCGCCUUAUUAGCGUUUCGCCUCCGGUCUUAAACAGUUCAGCCGGUAAUCCAUCGGCUCCUGCCGCCUUAUUGUUUUUCAGCCUGGUGACUGCUACGUGGAACUCGUUUUGACUAGGUGGUACACAUUCUAUACCAUCAUCAGGGAUUGGUUCAGCGUAGAGUUUCCAAAGGCGUUCGUCAAUAGGCGUAGAGUUUCUAAAAAUUAAACAAACCUUUGAAUAUGAAAAAAGUGUUAAGACACCGCUGUGGUGACAAGAAGCAAGUCGACGAAAGAUAUUAAUGAAGAAACUUGCAAUGUUAAAUAACAAGAGAUGCUCACAAUUCGACUGCUGGUAUGUAAGUGGCUUCUAUUAUUUUUGUUUUCCCAAUUCAUUUGCUAUGUAUGCUCUAAUAGUCAUAGCAGCAUUUGCUUGAUAUUGUAGGAAUUUCGGUUCAGCAGUAAUAAACGUAUUUCAGCAGAUUAUGUUUGCUAAAGCAACACUUGUAUGUUUGCUAAGACAGCUGCUAUGUUCAUGUCAAACUUUUUGUUACUCGAACUAACACAUUUCGUUGAGUGUAAUUUAUUGUUACCUCGCAAUGAGACAAAUGACAAGGACAAAAAUGCAUAAGAGUGACUCCCAUUUCAUGUCCUGAGAAUAAGUAGCUAAUAAAUUUAAUUACAUUUGUUACAUCGACAAAAUAAAAACACACAAACAAUACACAAAUCAUACGAUAAAUGUUAUGACAAUGUUCUCGACUGAUCUAUUUUUGGCACCGAUAGAACAUGUUUAAUUUGGUGCAAUAAAGUAUUUAAUCCAAUAUAUGUACAUACAAUCAAACAAACCACAAAAUCAUACCAUAAUUAGAAAAAAAUAUAAAUUUGUGCAGUGACUUGCUUGGAACUGGCACGUAAUUCUGAGUUGAAUGGACCCCUAUAUACCCAUGUCGAAUAUGCUUCAAAUUCGACCACAUUGGAUAUAGUUGCAGUUUAGACCGAUCUCUUUAUUUAAGCACUUAGGACCAUUAAAAGCUCAUUUUGUACUUGACUUCGCUAAAACUUCGAAAAUUUGGUUAUAGUAGACGAUGAACCAGGUCCAAAUCGUGCCAUAUAUGAAUAUGGUCAGAAAACAUUUUUGGAGAAUUCGAGUCUCUGACAAGAUAAUUCACGCCUGUUACGGAGAAAUCAUACAACAAUGCGAAAAACUAUGCACCUGGAAAUAGCUACGGGCUACAAAAUCAAUUGCGCUGAAGAAAUUCCAUUUUAUUGAUAUCCGGCUUAUAUUUUUAUAUAUUCUAUUUCUUUUUUUUUAUUCUUUUAUUUUUAAAUAAAAUAUGAUAAAAAAAUCAUACCCAUUGAGUGCUGUCCGAUUCAAAUUUAAGCUCAAUGAUAAGGGGCCUCCUUUUUAUAGCCGAGUCCGAACGGCGUGACGCAGAACGACAUCUCAUUGGGGAGAAGUUUUUAAAGGGCAAAGUACCUCACAAAUAUUACCAGCAUUAGGAGGCGAUAACCACCGCUGAAAUUUUUUUUUCUGUUCUGAUGUUCUCGCAAGGAUUCGUACCCAGGCGAUUAGAUUCGAAAAUUUCAUUUGACAAAAAUUGCAUAUUGAUUGGAAUGUACAUAACAUUCCAAAUGAAGUUGGAAUGCAAUGUUUUUAUGAGUGACGAUUCUUCUUAAUUUCGGAGUUCCGUUAUCUGUUGUUACCAUUUUGUCGUGUCAAAAAACAUACACGAUUUAGUUUGCCUUGCUUUGAGUAGAAAGAAAGGCGUUUUUUGUAAAACAAUUCUUAAAAAUUGCAUUUUCAUACGAAACUUUCUUUACAGGUCUUUAAAUAAGGCCUUUUUUCAUUGCCUAAUUAAAUGCGUGUCUAUGACCUAUGAUUUUGCUGAAAUUUUUAGCAGUCAGUUGUUCUAAAUCAUUCUAGAUCGAAUAAUUUUUGGGUAUAUAAAACCCGAUCUUCCAAAUAAUUUCUUGCCUCCUAAAACGGCCAAAUUUUCACAAUGAUGAUUAAAGUCCCUAAUAUUUUAUUGAAAAAUAAAUAAUAGUUUUUGCUGUUUUUACAUUUAGCAAAAUAAUUUGCCGAAAAUUUAUUCGUCCAGCCGAACGUAGAAUAGCGCCCCAAUCUUUUGCGCUUCUUCUCCAUUUUCGAGAUGUGGCUCCUCACUUGGUAGCUCCAUCGGAGUUUUGGCCUUCCCCUUUUGCGUUUUCUUUUAUGGUUGCCUUCAAAAGUCUUCUCUGUUAGAGCUUCUUCAUCCAUUCUGACAACAUGAACUAGCCAACGCAAGCAUUUAUUUUGAUGCGUUUAACUAUACUAGCGUCCUCAUACAGUUCUUGGUUCAAACGACGCCUAUAUUCUCCAUUAACGUAAACUGGCCCAUCUAUGUUACGAAGGAGUUUUGUCUAAAAUACUCCAAGUACUGCUCAUCUGCUUUCGCACGUACCCAUGCUUCGGAGCCACAUAACACCACGGGUAGUAUCAGUGUCUUGUAAAGUUUAAUUUUCGUCUGUCGAGAGGUGGCUUUGCUCCUCAUUUGCUUGCUCAAAUGCUUAUAGAAAUAAUAAUGUAUUCAAUAAAGUAUUCCAUUAAAUGAAUUCUACAAUGCUUCCUCCAAACAUGUAAAAAGAAUGUAUUCAUUUCCAAGGACAUCUUCCGUGUAGAGAAUAACGUAUGCUGUAAUAAAUAAGCUAUAGAGGCUAUCGAUUAACUUCUCAUAUACCAUUACCUACCUCUUCCCAUCGGGUAAUGCUAGGUAUGCGAUGGAAAUUUCCCGAAAUUAAUGGAGAGAGAAAAAGAGGGAUUACAAAUAUAGCAAAAAAUUGGACGAUAACUAAAUACAAGCAUUUAUCCGCCAUAUCAAGUCACUGCACAGUGUUAUAUGUUAUAGUAUCUCAAAAUGGUUAUUUUUAUUUACUAGCUUAAUGUCAUUGGUAAUAGAUCAUUCAUAUAAUUAAAUAUUUAUUAAAUUAAUAUAGCAAUUAGUUUUAAGAAGAUGUUGUAAUUCGAAUAAAAUUUAUAAGAAACUUGUGUCAAUAACUGAACCUUAGUGUAUUCCAAGAGUACAUUUAAGACUCACUAUAUCAAUUCUCCUCAAAGUGUCAAUUUUGUAAGCCAAUUUGAAUAAAACAUCCGAUCACCCUCUCCACUACGAUAAAAACCCCAUAUCAUAGAUUUGUUAUUUUAUUGACCCAAUUCACUGAUUGGUAAAUAUUAUAUAUCACAAAAAUAUGGAACAUAGUUGUGAAGUUAAUUACCCUACAUUUAAGAAUAGUGGUAAAUAAUUUAUAAAGGCUACAAUACUUCAAUCCGAAAAAACUUAGAAUUGUAUGUAGGAAAUCAUGAUUUAAAAAAAUAGAUUAAAUUGUAUUUAACCAUUCUUGUAUUUGUAUGUGCAAAUUAAAAAAAAAAAACAAUAACUA